GCCCGCGUCUCCGUGUCCCCCACCCCAACCGAGUCGCGAUCUCCCCCACACAAAAACAGAGCACCCGCACAGAAAAGCAGAGACCCGCACGCAUCGUUGGUCCAGCUCCCCUUCCCUCCCGCAGUUCCACCCCCGCCUCCGAGUCCGGCGACCGCAAGCAACCCAGCCGGCGACCGCAGCGAGCGAGCGAGCGCGAUGGGGCUGUGCUCGUGCUGCUGCCGUUGCCUGGAGAUCCUGUGCGCCAUCCUCCUCCCGCCCCUCGGCGUCUGCCUCCGCCACGGCUGCUGCUCCAUGGAGUUCUGGAUCAGCGUGCUGCUCACCAUCCUCGGCUACCUCCCCGGCGUCCUCUACGCCGCCUACGUCAUCUGCUCCGUCGACCCCGACCGCGUCCGCCGCCGCGACGACGACUACAUCUACGUCGCCUGAGCAGCACUCCUCCCCUCCCCCGCCGUGUGGUCUUUCUAUGGGAUUAGGUUAGUGGAAUGAACCAGCCCUGCUCCUGCCCCCUGUAUAUGUACAUUUUGGACGGGUUAUAUAUAGUACCUGAAAUUGGAUCCAGAUUUGCUGGUACCGUGGAUUGCAGUUACCGCUUACUUGCCUGAUUCAGCUGUGGUUGUUGGUUUAUGAGUA